AUGGCAAUUUCAACACAACUAUUUUUCACAACUCUUCUAUCAAUGAUUUUUGGAACAAUUCGGACCCAAUUCAUGGGGUAUCCCUAUGAUUAUAGCUCCAUGUUCUCUGGAUACACUGGCUACAACCCAAUGAUGUCUAUGAGCAAUACAAUGGGUACGAUGGGAAAUGGUCUAGGAAUGGGAACAAUGGGGAUGAAUACUGGAUUUGGGACAUUUGGGACAGGAUUGGAGAGUUUGUAUGGAGGACAGGCAAUUCAACAAGUGUACAAUGGAGCGUAUAAUCCGUAUGGGAACGGAAUGUUUAAUUUUGGAAACAACGGAAUGUUUGGACAACAACAAAACACAUUUGGAGCAGCCACGGGGUUCAAUAACAAUAUGUUUGGAGCAAAUACGGGACUUGGAAUCCAACAGAACGGGGCUCAAACAAUGAACGGAAAUCAAUUUCAAGGAGGAUCCCAAAAUACUCUCAAUAAUGGAAAUACAAUGAGAGCCUACGGGAGAAGAAGUAAUAAUGGAGGUGGAGGAUGUAAUGGAUUCGGAGGCGGAUGUCAAGGAGGAUGGCAGAGUAAAAAUAAGAAAUCUUAA